AAGUUUAUUUCAGGUUUCUGAAAGGGAAUGAGUAUGCGAAUGUAAUUGAAAAAUUUACACUCUCAAAUACAUUUAAUAAUACGGAUCAAGUGCUACAGGGGGUCCAAAACUGGCCAAAGGUUUCUAAUGAAAAGUAUUUUCAAACUAAAUUGAAGUUCCAGAUUCAGCAUUCACUUUUUAGGACGAAAAUUCAGGAGGGCAAUAAGUCUCUGGCCAGUGUUUUGGAUUGGUACAAUCAGGUAAACAGCAAAACAUUGAGUUAUGUUACCUACUCCAUUCAUGAUUCAGAUAUUUCAGAUUUCUACAGAUAUAUUAUAGGAUAUAAGAAUCUAUUACGAGCAGUGGAGUAUGCUGGAAAAGCUGGGAUUAUUGGUAUCGAAUAUUUAUCUACCGGACUAACUGAAGAAAAAUAUGAAAAUUUUCUCAACAAUGAUGUACUGAGGCAGGAAUAUCUGAACCAAACAUUUAACUUUAUGCCCUCUGUGAGAGUUCAGUACAACAUGAUGAACAACGGCAGUUAUUUUCCAAUUAUCCAGGAAAAGAUAAUGAACAGAGAGGACUUUAAUAAAUCUCUGAAACAAGUUAUUGAAUACUUUAGUCACUUUCUCAAGUACACAGAUAAUUUAAGGAUUAUCAUCAAUUCUGUGACUAAAGAUAUCUUGGAUCGUGUCAACUCAAACUCUGCCAGUUUACGUGAGGAGAAUGCUGUUCCCUUGGUUCUAAUUAUUCUCCUAACAAUCUUCAUUCCAGUUUGUAUCUGGUUCACUCUCAACAGCACUAACAGUAUGAUGAAGUACUCUAGGCUUUACAAUGAGCGAGUCAUGGUAUUUGAAGCAGAGAAGAAGAAAACUGAAAAGUUGCUGAGUUCUCUGUUGCCGCGUUCUAUUAUCCGGCAGAUGAAACGUGGAACAGUUCCAGACCCUGAACUAUUUCAGAGCGCUACAGUCUUCAUUUGUGAUAUUGUUUCCUUCACAAAGAUAGCUGGUGAAAGUACAGCACAGCAGAUAAUAGAAUUUUUGAAUGAGCUGUAUAAUCUGUUUGAUGAGAGGAUUGAAAAUUAUAAUGUUUACAAGGUAGAGACUAUAGGUGAUGCCUACAUGGUGGCUAGUGGAGUACCAAUUAUAAAUGGGAAUCAACAUGCUGUAGAAAUUGCAAAAAUGGCACUUGAUCUUUUAGCAAACGUUGUAACGUUCGAGAUUCCUCACAAGCCAGGAUACAGGUUGAAGAUAAGGUCUGGAAUGCAUACUGGAAGCGUUGUUGGCGGCGUAGUUGGCGCUAAGAUACCUCAUUAUUCAAUAUUUGGAGACACUGUGGAGAUAGCUGGAAUAAUGGAGUCUAGUGGAGAGGCUAUGAAGAUUCAGAUGUCUGAGGCAUCUACAACUAUUCUUGAAAAAAGUGGAGGAUUCAACUACACCUCUAGGGGAGUAGUUCAACUACCAAAGAUUGGUGAGAUGGAAACCUACUGGCUGGUGGGACGAAAAGAUCCAAAUUGAAAACCAUUCAGAAAUCCAAGAAAAAAUCCUCUGAAAAAAAUCCAAAAUAAAAUCAAGAUAACAGAGUUUAGAUAUUCAGAAAUACCAUCGUUGAAAGGCCGGUUUUUGAAUCUCAAAAUUCUGAAAAUCCUUUUUCAAAAUUGUUAGACAAGCUUUCUUUUAUUACAUUAUGCAACAUUUUUAUUCUGACCAAAUAUUUUAAAAAAUCUGAUCUUUGAGGAUGGAACAAAAUUCGCAUAAUUUAAUUAAUACUAACUUUUCGAGAAUACAACUUUGCAAUUUAAUGAAUUAUUCGCAUUUUUGUUAAACACUUUUAACGCCAAAAACACCUAAAUGUCUCAAUACCGCCAUCAAACCUAUGCCCAUCACUAAUCAGAAAAACAAUGAGCUACAUGUUAGCUUUAUAAUAUGCGUAGAAAGCGGAGGUAGAAAGCUGUUGUUGUGGUCAAAGGAAAGCGUUUUUCAAGAAACCUACAUAUCGUGGUAUUUUUUCAUGAAAAUUGUCAAAUUAUUUUAAUUUGGUUGCAGGAGUCACUUUUUCAAAAUACCAAAACACAAAAUAAUUUUUUGGAGAAAAAGUCAUUUAUUCAUUAUUAAUUAUUUGACUAAGUUUUACAAGGUAAUGUUGGUAAAUAAAAGGAUGCCACUUGAAAUUACAUAUACUGUUCCUUUAAAAGAUCUUGUAUGUUUUAUAAAUGUUGUUUGUUCAAAAAACUUUGUGUUUUAAAUAUAUCAUAAAUGUGAUUUUUGGGAAGAUUUGUUUAUAUUUUUAAUUCAUUUCUCAGUUUUUCUUGCUUGAUAUACUUUAAAAGAUCAGGACUGAGGCGACAAGGACAACUGAAGAAUUAGGAAUUCGAUGUGCAUUCUACAAAAACUAUUACGGAAAGAGCCUUUAAAUUAUUUUCCAAAUAUGUUUAAAUUUUGGUUUAACUUUUAUGGUUUAACCAUAGAUAAAUGAUACAUUUAUAUCUUUCAAGAUGAAAAAUGUCGUCUUAUGCGC